AUGAGUGAAGAAGAUGCAGAGUACAGAAGAGCAUUGGAAAUACAAAGACGAAAUUUCGAGGCCCAGUUUGGGUCUAUUGGUGACCUUGGGUUUGAUGAUAAACUAGAUGAGGUGGAUCAAGAUGAAAGCUCAUUACUGGAAGAUUCUGAGGAAGAGAAUAAAUUCGAUGGGUUUACCAGCGAGGGUGAAGACUCUUCUGAAUCGGAAGAGGAGAUAACGUUCAGCGAGGACAAUCCACCCAAACCCAAGGUAAUCAAGCUCAACACAACCACUUCAGAUGUACCCCACCUUGUCCCAUCCAAAAUUGAACGAAAGUUACUAAAAUCAGGAAGAGCAGCAACACUUGCUGAGAUUGAGAAUGUCACUAAACGUGCCUCCAAGCAGACACUCAAGCAAGCAAACAAGACGGCAAAAGAAGAGGCUGACAAUCUCGAAAAUGACUUAAAAUUACAACGAUUAUUAAAAGAGUCUCACAUAUUAGCCAAUAACGUAGAUCCCCAAUUCAGUGGAGCGGAUCUAACUUUGAAAACGAUUGAUUUCGAAGACCCCACAGGCAAAUCUCGUAAACGAGUGCUAUCCUCACGACUCCAGGAAUUGUCCACCACUAACUUAACAAAAGACAAGAAACUAGAAUCAAUGCCAAUGAAUAUGCGAAAGGGAAUGAUUGCAAAACGAGAUGAAAAGAUAGCUAAGUACGAGAAAGAAGCACGCAAUGCGGGAAUUGUGCUAUCAAAAUUGAAAAAGGGACAAGUUAGAGACUUGAAUGCAGGAAGAGGAUCAACUUCAUCAAGUGAACGAUUAGGCGCUGGUAAGAAGCACAAUAAAGUAACAAAAAGACCGCGUGGGUUGAAGAUUAACGGUGUUGGUAAAUCAACUAGAAACGGAUUGGUUAUAUCGCAAAAUGACAUUGACCGGAUCAAUAACCAGGGGAAGAAAAAGUUUGGUAAAAAACGAUAA